AUGACGGCAGUGGCUAGCGUGAUGUUCACUCUGGUGAGCGGCGGAGUUCUUUCUCUGUGGACCCUGUCGGACUACGAGGCAGACACCGCCAUGAGAGCGCUGUGCCAUCUGGUGGUGGACGAAGCCGUCGCCGGCGCCAUAUUUAGAAAUGCUUUGGUGGCCUACAGGCGCGCUCCCCUUAGGGAUGACUUGCACAUUUUCGAAUACCCCAAACUGGUGUCAAGAGAAGUCGGCGUUCUGCGUCAGGCGUGUUUGGACAAGGGCAUGGAGCUCCCGCCGGUGCCGCGCUCGCCUCUGGAAAAGGCGAUGUUAGCCAUACGAGUGAGCUCCAAGGCUUUCAUGGAUGUUGUACGUCUGGCAAACGGCACCUACGUCACAUGGAGCACCGGAGUUGUCGUACCGUCAGCCGACCUCACGUGGGCACCGCACUUCCCCGAAGUGGAUGGCCAGGAUGGGUCCAACCGCGUGUACAUCAACUCUGGAAGCUCGUUACUCUACGACACAUCUAAAAUGUUUGAAAAAACUGAGCUGUUGUGUGUCGCUAAAAUUAAUUAGUGCGGACGUCCACGGUUCUAUUGCGGACAGUUUUUCCUGGAAAACUGCUCCUCAGCUUUCCUAGACUUGAAUUAUUUCUUUCCUUGCGAUUACACUUCUAAUUGCGAUCGUUCCGUGUGAGUUUUCAAUUUAAUUUUCCCACGCAGAACAUUAGUCUGCAGGAAAAGUAAAAGAUGUUAAAUGCUUCACCUUCCUAAUGAAAUUGACACGUGAAGUCUAAAAAUGCAUCUGUAAUAAA